CCCGGAAGUUCGUUUGUUCUGACAGUUACAAAAUUAAAGUCAUUCGUUACGGUUUUAUGCAAUCACGAACUAUUGCUACAAUUUACUCGUUUCAAGAUGAAAUGAAUAGUUAACAGUUUGUAGUAAAUUGUUCUUAUAUUUUGUAUUAUAUUUCCCUUCUUUGUAUAAAAAAACAUAUUCAGAAAAAUGAUUAUGUCGAAAUUAUUUUCUCCUCUAUCGAAACAUUUGUUCUUUUCAACAAUUCCCAGGAUAAGUUUGCGUCGAGAAUUUCGUUUUCGUGCUUUUGUUAGACGUUUCUGCGAGAAAAAGAAUGAAACAGAGCGAACAUAUGCAGAGGCACAAAAGCAAUCGUUAAAGGAAAGGGCAAUGGGUCCUCCUGGACCAAAUGCCUAUGCCAUGGGAAAAGGAGCUAUGGCAGGUGGUGCUAUCAUAGGGCUUUUGGCGCUCUGCUAUUAUGGGAUAGGUAUGGGCCAGGAGAAAGGAAAUGUCAUGAACAAAUCCAAAUUAUGGCCUAAGUAUGUCCAUGAGAGAAUACGCAGUACCUAUGCGUAUUUGGGGGGAUCAGUAAUGAUUUCAGCUAUAAGUUCAUUCCUUGUGUUCAACACACCUCCCCUUCUUUUUUUGGUUACCAGAACUGGAAUAUUGUCCGUUUUGGCGACAACUGCGGCAAUAAUUGCUAGUGGCUACGUGGCUCAAACCCUGCCCUAUGAAGAAGGGCUCGGUUUGAAGCAGUUGGCUUGGAUGGGACAUUGUGUUAUCAUGGGCGCCGCCAUCGCCCCAAUGUGCUUUCUUGGAGGACCUGUAAUGAUACGUGCCGCUAUGUAUACUGGAGGAAUUGUUGGUGGAUUGUCUGCUGUUGCAAUUUGCGCUCCCAGUGACAAAUUCCUUUACAUGGGCGGACCAUUAGCUAUUGGUUUAGGGCUUUUGAUCGCAGCAUCAUUAGCUUCAUUGUGGCUUCCACCAACGACAGCGAUUGGGGCAGGCAUCUCAUCGUUUACUUUAUAUGGCGGUUUAUUAAUAUUCAGUGGAUUCCUACUCUACGAUACGCAACGUAUCAUCUAUACAGCAGAGAACCAUCCAAUUGUAUCGAACCAUAAAUUCGACCCCAUUUCUGCAGCGAUCUCUGUUUAUAUGGACAUAUUGAAUAUAUUCAUCCGAAUGGCUGUAAUUCUGUCUGGUGAUCAAGGAAAACGUCGUUGAAAUUUCUCAUAUGAUGAUUGGUUUAUGUUAAUUAUUUUCCCAGAAAAUUUAGUGUUUUCUCUUAAUGAAAAAUAUCUAAAUUCACUGGAAUUUUGUUGUAUUUGAUUUGUUGGAACUCAAAAAGCCAAGAUGAUGGAAAAAUUCUUGACAAGCGCUUAGUAAAAAGUUAAAAGCGAAAUAGUCCCUCGCUUUAAGGAAUAGAUCACCAAACAAA